AGCUUCUAGGUUUGAGGUUUUGUACCUCUCGGCUCAUUUGCCGCUGCUUCCUUGUAAAAUUCGGACAUGAAUAUUGACUGGCACGGUGCGGAUUUGAGUAACGGUCUCGAAAAUGUUGCUGUUUUAAUUGAGCGGAGUUCAGGUGUACUGACAUUUCCUGAAUUUCAGUAUUCUCCAGAUAAUAUUCAGGGUCCAGGAUGCUCUAUUGACCCCAGUGAAAUUACCCUUCCUGGAUGCUCCUGCCUUUCCCACUCCUGCUUCACCGAGAGCUGCUCCUGCCUGCAGACACAUGGGCAGGCAUACGACAGCACUGGCACACUGCUGAACCUCAGCAGAAUAGACUCUGGUUACUGCUCACCUGUGUUUGAGUGUAAUGCCCUUUGCUCCUGCAGUGAUGCCUGCUCUAACCGGGUGGUGCAGAGAGGGCUAAGACUCCGGUUGGAGGUUUGCAGCACCAAGAACAGGGGCUGGGGAGUACGGGCACUAGAGGCAAUCCCACGUGGGACGUUUGUGUGCGAGUAUGCAGGAGAGUUGAUCAGUUUGGAGGAGGCCAGACGCAGACAGCUUGCCCAGAGAUCCGAGGAAAACAACUACAUCAUCGCCGUAAGGGAGCAUGCAGGCACGGGCUCCAUCACUGAGACGUUUGUGGACCCUGCCGUGGUGGGAAACGUAGGCCGCUUUCUCAACCACUCCUGCCAGCCCAACCUGUUCAUGCAGCCAGUCCGCGUGCACUCGGUGGUUCCUAGACUGGCGCUGUUUGCUGGACGGAACAUUGAUGCACAAGAAGAGCUGACAUUUGACUACUCAGGGUUAUACAGUAACCAACCUCCUGCAGAGCUGCCGUCCACACAAAGUGACGCCGCCACGCAGGCCAGUAGGACAGAUGGACUCCAGAGGAAGGAGUGCCGUUGUGGUGCAGACAACUGUGUUCGGUUCCUUCCGCUGGAUUUAUCUAUUCUCAACUAAUAACAAGACAAUGCGACGUGUUGAUGGCACCAUAAACACAAUCAGCAGGAUGAGUCAUGUCUCUGCCUGUCAUUGUUUCCUGUUUGCCCCCCCCCCGGCCUCUCCUCAUCUGCCACUGUCUCCAUUCAAGUGUAAGGGGAUGCAAUAAAAACUAUGCAUUGGUAAGAAAACCUAAA